AUGACGCAUCAAAAACAGACUACUGGUAGCUGUGCGUGCGCUGAUUCAGGGGGCUGGACCUCCUGCUAUUUAAGCCGCGUCCAAUCCAUCCUGUCGGCCUCUCCCAUCCCCUCGCCGCACUUCCUCUUGGCUGGAAGCAUUAGCCGAGACCGUCCAGAUAAUGAUUUGGAGAUUAGUGCCCUCAGCAGACCCCUGCAUCUGGGCUCACUCUACAACGCCCUCAAGGACCAACUCAUACUAGGAGACAAGCUCUGGAAUAAUGAGGACAUCAAAAGCAAAACAAUCAUCAAUCCACAGCCUGAGACAAGAUUCCAGGUGUCAGCGUCGGAGUCCCUCCGUGAGAAGACCAGUCUGCUGGUAGUGAGUGCCUCAGUGAAGGCCAGCUUCUAUGGUGGGCUGGUGGAGUGCGGAGCAUCUGGCAAGUAUCUGAACAAGGAGACGUCCUCUGCUCGCCAGUGCAGCGUCACACUAAAAUACCAUGUGACUACCGAGUUUAAAGAGCUUGUGAUAUCUGAACUAGAGACUCCAAAGUUGGAGGUUUUGGACAAGACAGAUGCCACACAUGUGGUGGUUGGAGUGCUCUAUGGGGCUCAUGCACUUAUGGAAUUUCAAGACACCGCCAGUGAUGCCUCAAGCAAGCAGGAAAUCCAGGGAAACCUGGAUGUGAUGAUCAAAAAAAUACCACUAAUUGACAUCAGUGGGGAUGGAAGCCUAAAGAUGGAUGAUGAAGACAUGGAGAAGGUGAAGACCAUGAGCUGUGAAAUCUAUGGUGACUUUCAUCUGGAAGAUCUUCCAUCUUCCUAUGAGGAGGCUGUGGAGGUGUAAAAGCUGCCCAGCCUGCUGGGGGAGAAAGGAGAGAAGGCCGUGCCUGUGAAGGUCUGGUUGUAUCCACUGAGCAAGCUUAUCAAUACUGAGUCCAAACUGAAGAAAAUUAUCUCAGAUGAACUGGUGUCAGCAGUAGAGAAGGCAAUGGAGGAUCUCCACCAGGCUGAGAUAAGAACCAACGACCUGCUGGAGAGGAGCAGACAGAUCAAGGCUGAAGAGAUCGUCCACAAACUGGAGCAGUUCCAAAGCUGCCUGAGGGUUUUCAUUGUUGAGUUCCUGCGGAAAAUGGGAGACCUGAUCCCAACCAUCAGAGGAGAUGUCAAAUAUGCCUUUGUUUUCAGCUUCACCUCGCUGAGUUAUGAGGAACCGUACCUGAAAACAAUCUCACAGGCAGCUGAGAACUUUAAGAGUGGUUCCACCUGCAGCACAGCUGUGCAGGAUCCCAUAGAGGAAGUUCCCUGGUACAAGAGAGCAGAUGUCUGGGGGAUCCUUGAUUCUGCACUCAUUGCAUACAACAACGCCCACAUUUCCUUCAAGAAGACAGUAAAGGGGAAAAACUUGCUUGUCUGGUUUGCCUGUGAGCUCACUCUGGACCCGAACACGGCAGGCAGACAUCUCCUGCUGUCUGAGGGGAACAGGAAGGCGACGUAUGUGAGUGAGAAGCAGCCGUAUCCUGAACACCCAGACAGAUUUGAUGACUGCUCCUGUCAGGUGCUGAGCACAGAGCCUCUGCCUGGACGCUGCUACUGGGAGUGUGAGUGGAGUGGGCGCUUUGGUGUUUAUGUGGGAGUGGCCUAUAAGAGCAUGAGCAGGAGGGAAUAUAUCAGAGGCUCUGGCAAGGCCUGGAGUCUGGCCUGUGGCCCUGACAGAUGCAGAGUCUGGCACAACACUAAUAAGACUGAUCUACCUGUCCCCCCAGCAGGCUCCAGGAGAGUAGGAGUGUAUCUGGACCGUGAGGUCGGCACUCUGUCCUUCUACAGGGCCUCCAACCACCAGACGAAGCGAGCCCCGACGCUGGCGUCACCACCCUCAGCCCGGCGCCGGCUCAAUCACUGGGGACACACACACUCAGCACCUUUGGACUGGAACCCCCGAAACUUGGUGACCCCCGAGCCCAGGUAA